AGCCUCCUGUAUAAGUACAGAUCUGUGAUGGAGACCCCAUCACACCGCAGUUCACUUUUACGCAGUGGAGAUGAGCGCUCGGAUAGCGAAAUCCAACCCGGCCAUGAAACUGAUAGUGCUCUUAACAGCUUCUCUUUCCUGGGCCUUCCAGCAGCAGGCCGUACUGCCACAGUACCAGUACCGCGACCCUGUGACAUCUGACCUCCUGCUGUGCGACCAGUGCCCUCCUGGCACAGCCGUGAGACGACACUGCACUGCCGACACACCCACAGAGUGCCAGGCCUGUCCUGAGAGGCAUUUUGCUGAAAACUGGCACUGGGGGGAUACGUGCCAAUACUGUACCUCGGUGUGCAAGGAGAGACAGCUUGUGAAGCAGCAGUGCAACAGCACUCACGACCAGCUGUGUGAAUGUGCUCCAGGUUUCCACCUCGUGGUGGAGUUCUGCAUCACACACAGUUACUGUCCACCUGGAUACGGAGUGACAGCUUCAGGUACACCGGUGAGUGACACCGCGUGUGAACGUUGUCCUGCUGGUCAUUUCUCCAGCAGCGACUCCUCCUCCGAGUCAUGUCAGCACCACAGAAACUGUUCCGAUUUGGGCUUGAAGACACUGAGGUGGGGUACGUCCACUUCAGACAGCCUCUGUGGAACUCCGGACAAAACGGCAACGCUGGAGUGCUCUCAGCAACUCACUUUGUGCCACACUGAUGUGACCCUGUGUGAGGAGGCAGUCUUCCAGUCCCUCUCCUCCCUGCGACUGUCCUCGGUCCCUGUGGAGCGGCUGUUAGAGAGUCUUCCCGGGCGGAGGGUGGAUCAUAAGAGCCUGGAGAAGCUGAAGAAGGCCUGCUCUCCCCAGCAGCAGGUCCUCCAGCUGCUGCGACUGUGGAGGGAGCAGAACAAAGACCAGGACAAGAUGUACAGCAUCAUACAAGACGUUAACCUCUGUGAGAGGAAAGUCUCCCGCUGCAACGGCCUAAAGAAUCUGACCCUAGAUGACCUCCUGAAGGUCACCAACAGUCUGCCGGGGGUCAAAGUUCAGCAGGAGGAUGUCCGGGCCGUGGUCUCUACUUGCCUGCCCAGGCAGUACAUCCUGCAGCUUCUUCACCUCUGGAAGACAGCAAACUACGACAUGGAUCUAGCUAAAGGUCUGUCUCACAGUCUGAGGGUGCUGCGCAGCCACGGGGCGCCACGCUAUCUACUGAAAGUCCUGAAGAAGAUUGGCCGGAUCAUAGGAACCACUUCCGCGCACAAGAUGUAUGAGAAGAUAUUUGUUAGUAUGCUUCACGACGAUUCAUGUUUUAAGGCUCAUAAGCCAUUAAAUGAGUAGAGAUUUGGGAGGUACAAGCAGGAAUAUAUGCCAUCUAUAGCAUACCCAGACACUAAUGCAUUCAGAUAAAGAACACACACACACACACACAAAAGGAUACACAGUUAGUGAGCAGGGGGGAUAAAUGUAUGUGAAAGAGUAACAGACAUGGGUAACAUGAUAAUAUCAGGUCUUUAGGAUAUCAUCAAAUGAUAUCAAGCUAUGCAUAUAGUGCCUAACUGUAAAACAAAGGGCAAGACGGGAAGGUCGAUUCUUCUUUGCCUCUCUGAUCUUCUAGCAAAACACCUCUGCCAGAAUAAGGGCGUUUUGACUAUAUGAGGUACCAAGGGAUGCUAAUAGCUUCACCCUCAAAGAAACACUAUCAAACAUCUGUGUACUCCAGGCAGGCCGAAACUAAAAAGAAAAAAAAGGUUUCCUGGGAACUUUUUGACCAGUCUGUGAAAAAUGAAAAACUAUUUAAGAUGUAAAUAUCACAAUAUUUUAUGGAAGAUAGGCUGGCAGAUGUUGUGUUUUUGUAUUGUUGCUUUCUCGCUGAUUGAGAGGAAGGAUUUGGUUUCAUAAUGAAAUACAUGUAUUUUCUACAGUUUUCCUUUGUGUGUUGGUUUAUUCUGGACUGCUGGCAAGUAAAGCUCAUCAGAAUUUAUUUUUUAACUGUCAGCUUUAUGAAUGUACAAAGGAGUGCAAUUGUUUUCUAUUUAAAAAAUAAUAGACAUUUUACUUUCUGAAUAUGUAAAGGCUUUUUUAUUACUUUAUCAGAAAUACUGGAUUCCAAAUGCUGCAAGUUCAUGAAGUGAUAUUUGUUUUAUAUUUUGUUUUUAUCACUUUUAUAUUAUAAAAUGUAUGAUCUUUAUUGUAUAUAUGCCUGACUGGUCCUUUUUAAGCUUGUGUAACUUGUGAACACUAAUGUCAAAUGAUCUGAUUAAAAUCAGUUUGUAA